AAUAGAACGCAUUGUAAUCGCGCGCCUCAGUCCAGCGUGCUCGGUCGGUUCGCGAGAGACGCUACAUCUAUCUACUCACGCGCUUCACUCACUAGAUCGGUCUAUGUGGCCACAGAGAUGAACUCGGAGCAGGAAAGGCCGUUUGUGUGCAGCGCACCUGGCUGCUCACAGAGGUUCCCAACUGAAGACCACCUGAUGAUCCAUCGUCAUAAACACGAGAUGACGCUCAAGUUUCCUCCAAUCAAGACAGACAACCUGCUGUCAGACCAGACCCCAACCCCCACGCGCUUCCUGAAGAACUGUGAAGAGGUCGGACUGUUCAACGAGCUGGAGCUGGAGCCUGCCCACACACACACACACUCACACUCACACACACAUCCGCACACACACCCUCACACACACACAGAGCUGGAGCCGGACUACUGCAAGACACAGAGAGAGGAGGAGGAGGACAGCAAACAGAAUCUCUCCCUGCACGGUCAGCCGACCCCCCAGCAACACCAGCAGCAACCGCCCCCCCACCCCAGGAUGGGUAGUCACGACAACGGCCGGAUGGGUAGUCAUGACAACAGCAUGAUACAGCAGCCGCUGCCGUCGCCGCAGUCCUCCUCCGUCAUCACACAGGCGCCCUCCACCAACCGCCAGAUCGGGCCGGUGCCGGGCUCGUUAUCGUCUCUUCUUCACCUGCGGAACAGACAGCGCCAGCCGCUACCCGCCUCCAUGCCCGGAACACUACCCGACCCCGCCAUGCCCGGAUCAUCAGUACUCAUGCCCAUGGAGCGUGGGAUGUCUAUGAUGGGCAUGCAGGCUCCGCCCCCCCACUCAUCUUGCUCCUCCCCCCUCGGACCCAACAUGCACUCAGAAGCCAAACUGAGGUUGAAGGCAGCUCUGGCUCAUCACCCAGGUGGGGGCGUGGCCAACGGCGGCAUGGGUCACAUGAUGGACAUGAUGACGUCAUCGCGCGGCGCCGAGCCGGGGGCUAUGAUGUCAUCAAGAGGCGCCGAGCAGCAUAUGCAGCAUCAGCAGCAGCAGCACAUGCAGGGCCCCACCCUCUCAUACCAGACACACACACACUCACACACACACACACACCACCACCCGGGACACACGCACACACACACACACCCCGCACACAUGCACCCGCACUCACACUCACACACACACCAGACCUCGCCCCACCACAUGCACGCCGGAGCAGCCUCUCAGCAGUUGGACCGGCGGGCGGCUGCGUUCAGGGAGGAGUUUGGCUUUAGGUCCGAUUCAGAUGCAGAUGAUGUUCCCCCAUCAUGCUGGCAGUCUCAGCAGAUGGCUGCUAGCGGUGCUGUGGGUGUAGCCCCCCCUAGUGGUGGUCGGCGGCGGCGCGCGGUAGACGAGGAUCCGGACGAGAGACGGCGGAAAUUUCUGGAACGAAACCGAGCGGCCGCAACCAGAUGUAGACAGAAGAGGAAGGUCUGGGUCAUGUCACUUGAGAAGAAAGCAGAAGAACUCACACAGACCAAUAUGCAGCUACAGAACGAGGUGACGCUUCUGAAGAGUGAGGUGACCCAACUGAAGCAGCUGCUGCUGACACACAAGGACUGUCCAAUCACAGCCAUGCAGAAGGAGAACCAGGGAUACCUCAGUCCGGAGAGUAGUCCAGCUGGGAGUCCGUCAUCUCAACAAGUCAUCCAACACAGCAGCGUCUCAACAUCCAGCACACACACACACUGAACACACACACACACACACACACUGAACACACACUGAACACACACACA